AUGGCUCCCACCACCACAACCAUGAUAUUUCGCCUCCUCGCAUUAUCCGCAGCUCUAAGCCAGGCGACUGCAUCCUUCAGCCUCAAUAUCUCCGGCCCAAGCUGGGACUAUACAACCAAGGACCUAGCACCCACCACCUCCCAAUCAUGCAAAGAAGCCUACAGCGCCAGUAUCAACUGUGAUGAAACUCUUCUCAAGCUCGUGGCGUCCUUGGACAUAAACUUCCACCCGGAUAAUUCGGAUUUGCGACAAACUUGCACUACGACCUGUAAAGACUCGCUGGAUGAUUAUGUCAAGAAUGUUAAGGAUGCUUGUGACCAGGAUGGGGAUCUGGCUGGUCUGGAUCAGGGGAGAUCUCUUGAUUUCUCGGUUCCUGUUUCGACGGUUGGGGAGGUUUUUCAGUAUAUGUAUGGUCGGGGUUGUGCGAUGAAUGGAACUGACUACUGCUACCCAACCUUCGCGGAAAGCGAUAGCUGGGGCAGCGAGGAUUUCUCAUGCAGCGACAACUGUGCAAUGAAAUUCAUGCAAAACGCCCACAACCAACCUGGUUCCGGAUAUUUCUUCUUCUACUUCACCCUUAGCAACCAGUCCUCGUGGUGGGAAGAUGUUUUUGCGGGUGGUUGGAAGACUGUUGUUAAAUGCGGCAAGGGUGGAAGUGGAAGUGGAAGCUCUGUCAGUUCGAGCGUGAGCUCGUCAAAGACUGAUUCUGUUGACUCUUCCUCUUCUUCUUCUUCUUCUUCUUCUUCUUCUUCUUCUUCUUCAACCAGUCUAAGUAAUGGCAAUGCUGUUUCUACGACUUCGACUUCGACUGCGGCUAUGAGGAGUACUACUAGUACUGCUCCUGCUAAUUCGGCUACUGCUACUAGUGGUGCUUCGAGGCUUAGAAUUCUCUUCUUUUAG